AAGAUGUUUUUGAAGGCCUGCUGCACUUUGAUAUAAUGUCAUCUGCAUACAUGAGUAGGUCCAAACGGGUGUUGAACAUCUCAACCCCAGCAUUGUUUAUUCCCAGUUCCAGCUCUAGGUCACUAGUUUACAUUGCAGCUACAAAAGUACAGCCUCCUGGUGCACUACAAGAAGGGGAAGCAGAUGUACUUAGCAGCCGAGCUUACCUGCUGGAAACUCACUGCUCUUCUAUGGUCCUUGAAGUGGCUACACUUGACCCCUCUACAGAUGACCCUACUCUUAUCGCGCUUCGCAGGACUAUCCAGCAGGGCUGGCCAGCAAGCAAG